AUGGCCAAUUACGUCGAAUUAUUACCGGUCGAAGAAGAAGAAGCGAAGAACUUUGCCUGCAAUGCUGUUAUCGUCGGUAAGAAUGUGAUAAUGAACGAGGGAAGUGAGAAAGCUGCCAAGCUUCUUGAAGAGCACGGUUUCAAAGCGCAUUUCGUUCAAGUGUCAGAAUUUCUGAAAUCUGGUGGAUCAACAAGAUGCCUCACACUUGCGAUUGGAUACAUAAAUUGUUUAUGA